CAAUGGCUCUCUCCCACUCUUAAACCCUCGUCCGCCUUCUUCUUCUUCUCUCUCUCUUGUGGCUAAGAGAACCGCCGUGGGGAGCUGAAUUCACAACCGCUGCAGCUCUGAAGAGAUCCAAAGCCAUGUUCAUGGCUUCUACUUUUUCUCAGCUUCUGUUCAUCCCCAGGUGUGAGUCAAGUUGGUCGUUUCACUGCUACCCAUCCCUCUGCUUAAAUCAACAUCUGGAUCUUAGAUUACACAAUAAAUGGGCUGUUACAGCUAUAUCUAAGAGGAAUGUUUCAGAAAGUUUAGCUCAAGAGGGAGUCGAUGACAAGGAGAUUGCAAAGAAGAAGACUCCUAGAACUCCUAGACGCUCCACCAAAAGAACUAGGAAGAAAGCUUCAAUAGAUACACCGGACCCGAAUGAUGAAUUAUUAUCUUCAACCAAUGAGACUGAAGCUGAGGAAAACAUUGUAAAUGCAUCUUCUGAGGAUUCUAAGGCAACCUCGAGAAGGUCUCGAAGCAAAGCUGCAUCUACUUCUACUAGCGUGGAGGAGGAUGACAAGGCUGUGACGAAGGCAAGGCGAGGGAGGAAGCCAAAGAAGAAGGAUAACAGUAUGCAGCUUCAGUUUAGUGAGUCUGAAGUUAGUGAUGCAGGAAAUUCCUCGAUCACUGGGAAUGAUGUUGAUGAGAGUGACGAGGAAUUGGAUUUCAGUACAGAUGAGGGAGAUGAUGUAAGUAUCACAUAUGGUUGGCCUCCUCUUGUUUGUUGCUUUGGAGCAGCACAACAUGCUUUUGUGCCAUCCGGAAGGCCAGCUAACAGACUUCUUGAUUAUGAAAUCCACGACAGAAUGAAAGAUGCAUUCUGGGUCCCAGAAAAGUUUGUUAGAGCACCUGGAGGAUCUGCAGGAAGUGUUGCAAUGGCCCUUUCAAGCUUGGGUGGCAAAGUAGCUUUUAUGGGAAAACUUGGGGAUGAUGAAUAUGGCCAGGCCAUGCUGUACUAUAUGAAUGUGAACAAUGUCCAGACCCGAUCCGUUCGAGUUGACAGUAAGCGGGCAACUGCUAUGUCGCUGAUGAAAAUUGGGAAGAGGGGUCGCUUGAGAAUGACUUGCAUCAAACCUAGUGCAGAGGAUUCUUUGUCGAAGUCAGAGAUCAACAUAGAUGUGUUAAAGGAGGCUAAAAUGUUUUACUUCAGUACCCAUUCGCUCCUUGAUCCAAAUAUGAGGUCAACUACAAUGAAAGCCAUCAAAAUCUCCAGAAAGUUAGGAGGAGUUAUUUUUUAUGACUUGAACCUUCCUUUACCUCUCUGGCAGUCUCGGGACGAAACGAAAAAGUUCAUAGAACAAGUUUGGAGUCUUGCAGAUAUUAUUGAGGUCACAAAGCAAGAGCUUGAGUUCCUUUGUGGGAUCCAGCCAUCAGAGGAAUUUGACACCAGAAACAAUGAUAGUUCAAAAUUUGUCCACUAUGAACCAGAAAUUAUUAAGCCACUUUGGCAUGAGAAUCUCAAGGUCUUGUUUGUAACUAAUGGAACUUCUAAAAUACACUACUACACAGAGGAGCAUGAUGGUGCUGUUCUUGGAAUGGAGGAUGCCCCAGUUACCCCUUUCACUAGUGAUAUGUCAGCAUCGGGAGACGGCAUUGUUGCAGCUCUAAUGAGAAUGUUGUCAGUUCAGCCCCAUCUGAUUACUGAUAAGGGAUACUUAGAGCACUCGAUAAAGUAUGCCAUUGACUGUGGCGUUAUCGACCAAUGGUUACUCGGCCAAACACGUGGCUAUCCUCCUAAAGACGACACAGAAGAAGUGACCCCUGACGAAAAUGGCAUCCGGUCUAUAACAGAAGUGGAAUUCCGCACGGUUGCAUCUGUAAGUUAACUUCAUUAUUGCCAUUGAUGGGUGUAGAUUAUUUGUUGUAUGCCUCAGAAAACAGGGGUUUCUGCUUCCUUGUCAUCAACUGCUGUGAGAAAAUGUCUUCUCUCUUUUGGCUUAAGUCUUAACUAUGAUGUAGUUUUAGGGUAAUAUAAAUUUUGUAUUCUACAAGGGUGUUCGCUAGACCAAUUCUUUUAGCAUGAAAAAAGAUAGUAUUGUUCCCUGUCUUAACAAGAGAGAAACUCUAACCCGAGUCGACUGCACUUUGUGUAAUUUUGAAUAUGUGGCUAAUCAUACUCUCAAUAUGAUAGUUUUACGUCUUAAUGAUAGUGAGAUAAAUUUCAACACUA